CGCAUACUCCCAGUACCGUGGACCUACGGUACAACCCUCUACCUUACGGCACUCAUCACACCCAUCCUACCAGCUAAAACGUGUGUCAAUUGAAUCCUCCUUGUAUAAAAUUUACAUCUGAAUGAUGGCCUCCUCCUCAGAGCAAAAUCAGCAGCAAGCAGCAGCAACGCCGUCCUCAUCUGCUUCGGACUCGGUCCAAUCGAAUUCUUGGGAAAAGGUCGAGCGGAAAUUCUCCAACAAGUCUGCAAGUGAAUACUUUGAUCCGUGCCAGGAUUUCGCAGAUCGGAGUCUGAAAUGUAUGAAACGCAAUGCUUUUGAUAGAGAGAUGUGCCAUGACUACUUCCAGGCUUAUCGCGACUGUAAAAAGCAAUGGUUGACACAAAAGAAAAGAGGUGCGUAGGCUAGUCCAGAAGCAAACAAAGGGCAGCCCACCUUUCCAAGUUGCCUUGGUUUCCUGUUCCUUGAUGCUCCACGAUGUCAGGAACUGCUCAAAAGCUAGCAUCGAGCUGUGCCGCAAGCCACUCUGUAGUGAGAUUAUGGAGAUAGUGGUGUACCGGAUGCUUCGGUUCUAGGUGUCGGCCUCAAUCAAGACAAGCAGAGAUCGUCGACUAUCUUUGCACAGUGUUGUUCUUUGCUCGGCGGUGAGCUAGAACAUCAUUGACGGCAGAGCUAACAAUGGGCAGUCUCUCAAGAGUGAGAUGCCUUAUGGGUAUCCCUACGGGCUGGCUGAAUUCUCAGGCAGGCGUUAGACUUCAUCUGAAUGCCUUCGUCAUCUCUCUCCUCUCCUCACCUUCCGCCUACGCUUGUACACUACUUGUAUGCUUAUUUGAUAUGGUCUUUGAA